AUGAAAAGCGAAUCUGUAGUGAUCAUCGGAGCCGGCGUGAUUGGGCUAAAUGUAGCCCUCGUUCUCGCAGAGAAGGGCUAUGGUCGACACACGACCAUCGUUGCAGAGCAUCUUCCAGGAGACACUUCGAUACAUUACACUUCACCAUGGGCUGGUGCCAAUUUCUCAGCCAUUUCUGCGAGUGACCCGAACGCAUUGCGAUGGGACAGGCUUGGAUAUACGUAUCUUCUCGAUCUUGCAGCCAAGGAUGGGAAGAAUGCGUUUGUGAAGGAAACGCCUUCGGUGGAGUAUUGGGAUGAGCUACCAUCCCGCGAGAAAAUCGAAUCCAUGGCCGCAUAUCUUAAAGAUUUCAAGGAGAUUGCCACACAAGACCUGCCAGCGGGAGUCGCAUUCGGCAUAGAGUUCACGACAAUAACACUCAAUGCACCGAUGCACCUUCGGUAUCUGUUCCAGAAGGUCACCCAAGAAUAUGGGGUGCGAGUAAUCCGCAAAAAGUUACCCCAAGUGUCGUCCGGCUAUCUUAGCGAGGAUACCAAGGUGGUGUUUAACUGCACCGGAAAUGCGGCAAAAGAGUUACCGGGAGUCCAAGAUUCAAAGUGCUUUCCCACCAGAGGUCAGAUUCUACUUGCAAGAGCAUCUCAUGUGCAACGAAACAUCAUGAGACAUGGCAAGGACUAUGAAACAUAUGUGAUUCCCCGACCAUACUCGAAUGGAAACGUGAUCCUUGGUGGUUUCAUGCAAAAGAAUGUUGGUACACCGGAUACAUUUGGAGAAGAGACAAACUCAAUUCUUUCUCGAACGACGGCUUUGCUUCCUGCUCUAAACUCGACCGAGACUGAGAUUCUUGGUGCAUUUGCUGGGCUACGUCCAUCUCGUGAGGGUGGUGCUCGUGUUGCCCGGGAAAAUGUGCGAGUAGGCGCUGCAGGACGCCACGGAGUUGUUGUCCAUAACUAUGGUGCCGGUGGAACUGGCUACCAGGCGGGAUAUGGAAUGGCGGUUGAGGCAGUCAACACUGUGGCCGAGGAGAUUGACGCGCUCGAUAUUCAAUCCCGUCUUUAG